ACGGGGGGUGCUGCUUGCUCCAAUAAAACCCGCCGCCAGGCAAAGGGCGGCCAGCCACCAUGCAGAGCGCCAGCCCCGCUGCCCCGGCUCUGCACCUGCUGACGUCCUACUUCAUCGACAGCAUCCUGGGCAGCCGAAGCGCCGCUGCGGGCCACCAUGGCGGGGACCCCGCAGAGCCACGGAAGCCCUCCCAAGCCCGGCUGCUGGCGGAGGAGAAGCCUGCCCUUCCGGCCGACGAAGACGAGGCAACGGGCGAGGGCGACAGCGACUGCCCGGACGAACGACGCGCCUCCGACGCGAGCGAGGCAGGAACCGCAGCCGCCGUCGCAGCUGCAGGGCCGGGGCAGCUGAAGAGGAAGCAGCGCCGCUACCGCACCACCUUCAGCAAUUUACAGCUCGAGGAGCUGGAGCGCGCCUUCCGCAAGUCCCACUACCCCGAUGUCUUCACCAGGGAGGAACUUGCAAUGCGACUAGACCUCACAGAAGCCAGAGUUCAGGUUUGGUUUCAGAACCGAAGGGCGAAGUGGAGAAAGCGAGAGAAAACGGACCUCUUAGGCAACAUGCCUGGGAUCUCCUUGACACAUCCUUUGGGCAUGUACUUGGAUGUUCCACUGAGUCAGACACCUCUCUUGGACCCUGCAUGGCGAUCUGUGCCAGUUUCCACCAUGGCUGUGCCAUCAGUGGCACCAGCUUUUAGCCCGACAACAAUGACAUCGUUUGGCCUUGGCAGUCUAACCUGGACAUCCCUUUUCCGAAAUCCAGUUAUAAGCCCUCAGCUUGGAAGGUUCCUCAGUGCUCUAAACCCUCUUGUGACAACUGCUUCCGUCCUAAUGAAAGCUCCUGGCCCCUCUGCAGACCCCGUUGCAAUGGCCUUCGCUGACCCAGUAGCAGCUGAAAGGAAAACCUCUAGUAUUGCAGACCUGAGACUUAAAGCAAAAGAACAUUCUGCUCAAAUUCCUCAGCUCAGCCAUGUAGCCACUCUAACAAGUGCUAGCAAAGAUCUCUAACCAUUUCUUUAGUCACGGGGGGCGGGAGGGGAGCAAGAAGAGAACUGCGAUUAUGUCUGAGAAAUAUAAUCUCCCAUGAAUGGGCACAACUGCAGAGGAUGGUGAAGAAAGCAGACUGCCAAACUGAGUGUCCUCCUAGGGAGACAGGGGCUGAAGUUUUGUACUAAUAUAAACACUUCAUCUAUUUCCAUAUCCUAAA